AUUUUGCUGCAUAAACUGCAGAGACAAGCUUGUUUGUUCAUCUCUCUAUCUACACGGAGAUAUUGCGUAAAAGAUGGCUACCUCAACGAAAUUGAUAAUUGUGAACAACAUCACUCUCCCCGAGGAGGCCAAACACUUCGUCUUCUAUCAAGAUCCGCUGAAACCAGGUCUCGACACUGACGUGUUCGUGUGGCGCACACUCAACAUUCAAUCCGGAGGAGGACAGGGAUACAUCACCGUUCCAUUUGACGUGCAGUACACAGCAUCAGUGACUCACUCGUCUGGUAGUGGUGAGACAUCCAAGCCGUACUCAGCAAAAAAUGGUGACGUGCUCACUGUCACAAAGGACACAGGAAGUGACGCUCCAAUACUGACUAAAAGAAGCUCAGCUCCUGCUCCUAAUCCUAGUACCAACUACGUCGCUGUGAAGAACGAAUACGCGGGAGUGAAGCAAGUCGUCGUUCAAGCCCUCAAGAACGGUUCUCCUCUCGUUCAGCAAACAAUGAUCGAUCUGGGUGAUGUAGCACAGUUUGAAAUCCACUCUGUUGUCUACUUGGCUUGGCGUAGCGAUCUGCAACAGGGAGAUUCGUUCAAAAGCGGUACGUACGCAGCCACCUCCCAAAAAAUCGACCUCACAGACCCGAUUACUCAAUUGCCAGCGAAAACCGUCAAGGUGACUGUCACCAACAAAGGCAAUGAAAUUCAGAUAAAAGUGGAGUAUCCAAGCAACUGAAACAGUUAGCGUGCAAGCUGUUCCACUCCAAAUGACUGAUUGUGGAGAAAAACUCGAUCAUCGCGUAGCUAUACGUAGUGCAUGAUGUUGUUGCUGAUUUCUGUGACUCUGUACGUCCGAUGUAGUCACUAGAGUGUGAUUAAUCAAACGUAGAGAAGCUGUCGUA